AUGAUCGUGCGGACGCUCCUUGUGCCUGGCCACAGUCAGACCCGCGGGGGCCGGGAUCUGCCCCGCCGAGGUCGGUCCCGCGGGCAACGCUCGCAGCAACUGCGAGGGGCACGAGCCCGACCUGCGUGCAGUCUACGCUCUAAUGUGCUACGGGGAUGCUACGUGUGGGCUACGGAUGUGCUACGGGAGAGCUACGGCACUCGAUAG